UCUCGUCCUCCUCCUCCUCCUCUUCACAUUCACCUUCCUCACCGAGCUGAACACCGGCCAAUGCUUCACACCACCCCUGCCCUGGGUGUCUGUCCCAUGCGUGGGAAGCACAACCAAAGCAAGGACUUCACUGCAGCGGGUCCAAAGGAGCGACAAAAAGGGGGCAAUCUUUGCAUCCUUUUUAUCUUGUUUUUUUACAUUUUGUCUUCAGACGAAGGGCUCUGAUUUCAGCGAAAAUCUCAGCUAAUACCGUUUUGUCACGGAGGACAAAGGGACAGUAGAGAGGAGCUAUGAAUGAGUCGCUGGUGGUGAAUGACUCCUCUGCAACUCCUGUGGCUGGGGAAGCCCUGCCAUGGAUGGAGGCUGAGUCCCUAGACCGCAACGGCAGCCUGGAGUUCUCCACUGCCCCGUUAGAGUUCCCCAUCAACCCCUGGGACAUUAUGCUCUGCAUGUCAGGCACUGUCAUCGCCUGUGAAAACGCCAUAGUGGUAGCCAUCAUCUUCUACACGCCGACACUAAGGACUCCCAUGUUUGUGCUGAUCGGGAGCCUGGCCACAGCGGACCUGCUGGCCGGCAUGGGAUUAAUCCUGAACUUUGUGUUUCAGUAUGUGAUAUCUUCUGAGACUAUCAGCCUUAUCACUGUAGGUUUCCUGGUGGCCUCCUUCACUGCCUCCAUCAGCAGCCUCUUGGCCAUAACAGUGGACCGUUACUUCUCCCUCUACAACGCCUUGACAUACUUCUCAGAGAAGACGCUGCAGUACGUACACCUGAUGUUACUGGGGACCUGGGGGGUGUCUCUGUUCCUGGGCUUGCUGCCGGUGCUGGGUUGGAACUGCCUGGACGAGCCGGCCUCCUGCAGCAUCGUCCGCCCUUUGACCCGGAGCAAUGUCACGCUCCUGGCCACGUCCUUCUUCGCCAUCUUUGUGCUCAUGCUCACCCUGUACUUCAAGAUCUGCAAGAUCGUGUGCCACCACGCCCACCAGAUCGCCCUCCAGCAGCACUUUUUUGCCACAUCGCAUUAUGUCGCCACUAAGAAGGGGGUCUCCACUCUUGCUAUCAUCUUGGGGACGUUUGGCGCCAGCUGGCUGCCCUUCGCCAUCUACUGCCUGGUGGGCGAGAAGGAGUAUCCAUCAGUGUACACCUACGCUACACUGCUGCCAGCCACCUACAACUCUAUGAUCAACCCCAUCAUCUACGCCUACAGAAAUGCAGAGAUCCAGCGCUCCAUCUACAUGCUUCUCUGUGGCUGCUUUCAGGCCAACGGGGCCUACCGGUCCAGGUCACCAAGUGAAGUCUAAAAAGGUGCAAGGGCUCUUUGUGUGUGUGUGUGUGUGUGUGUGUGUGUGUGUGGUGUGUGUGUGUGUGUGUGUGUGUGUGUGUGUGUGUGUGUGUGCGUGUGUGUGUGUGUGUGUGCCAAAAGAGAGCAAAAAGACAAACCAUUCAGUGACCAUCGACAAUCUGCUUACAGUUGACAGUGAAUGCUUUACAAACACAAAAGGAGGGUGUGAUGCUAGAAUUGUUUCUCUCAUGCAUACUGUAUCUGCACUUUACUAUGUCUCAACACAAGUGAGGAUGAGAUUUUGGAAAUGCUGUGAACAACAAAUUUCUGUGAAAAAGACAAAACAAACUUGUGAAUGUACUUAAAUGAGAAAAGGAAUGGAAAAUCUUGCACUUUAUUAAAUGUUUUUUGAAAUGCCAAAGCAGUAUUGUAUAGCCCUUAUUGUGUUUAAACGUUUGAACCUGUGAGUGCUGUGUGCCAUUUUUCUAUUUUGUAUUGUAUUGUCUUUGAUGUACAUUUUCUACAAGAGGAAUAAAGGGAUGAAAAUCCG